GAUGGAAACAUUAAACACAGAACAUAGUGCUAGCAGUUGACUCUGUCUUUGUCCCUUCUCAAAUACCUUCCACCAGCCACAUUGUUUUUUCUCUUGUACCUAUCCCAAUUUGCAUAAUAUUUUAUGCCAUAAACUAAUGCACAAACUCUUACAGGUUAUGAUGUCACUCUCAACCGUUUCAACACGCGUUUUGAAGGCUCCUCCUAUCAUUGAGUUAACAAUUUUUUCUUAUUGUCCCUGCAUAUUUUCUGAGUCUUCAAGAUUCCUUAGUUUCAAACACUUCGUGUGCACCACAACAGCAUGGGGUAUGAAACCAGAACACUCUCAGAUGAGUAUGAAGUCUCAGAUGUUCUAGGAAGAGGUGGAUUUUCUGUUGUUAGAAAAGGCACAAGAAAAUCAAGCAGUGACACCAAAAGCCUUGUGGCCAUCAAAACUUUGAGAAGAUCAGGCACUGCCUCAAACUCCAACCACCCUUCUGGGUUUCCAAGACCAAAGGGUGCAGAGAAGAGCUCAGCUGCUAUGAUGGGGCUCCCAUGGAGACAAGUCUCAGUCUCAGAUGCCUUGCUCACCAAUGAGAUUCUUGUGAUGAGGAGAAUAGUGGAAAACGUUUCACCUCACCCUAAUGUGAUUGACCUCUAUGAUGUGUAUGAGGACUCAAAUGGAGUGCACCUUGUGUUGGAGCUGUGUUCUGGUGGAGAACUGUUUGAUAGGAUUGUAGCACAAGAUAGGUACUCAGAGACUGAAGCUGCAGGUGUGGUUCGCCAGAUAGCUUCAGGAUUAGAGGCUAUUCAUAGAGCUAACAUUGUGCACAGGGACUUGAAGCCUGAGAAUUGUCUUUUCUUGGAUGUGAGGAGGGAUUCUCCUCUUAAGAUCAUGGAUUUUGGUUUGAGUUCUGUUGAAGAAUUCACUGACCCAGUUGUUGGUUUGUUUGGAUCCAUUGAUUAUGUUUCACCAGAGGCUCUUUCUCAAGGGAAGAUAACUACCAAGAGUGACAUGUGGUCUCUUGGGGUGAUUCUAUACAUCUUACUCUCUGGGUAUGUUGACUUU